UUCAUUCCAAUCCAUCAUUCCUUCAACAGCUAGCCUGUCCUUCACCGAACCCGUUGUCAAUCGUCUCCUAUCUGUUCAAGCGAUGGCCCGUUUCAAUCUCCUCGCUGUUCUUGCACCCAUGGUCAUUGGCAUGGCCAGUGUUCUCGCUGCACCUAUCUCCAACGUAGUAAUUCCGCGCUUGGACUUGAACGCGGUCGAGAAGCGUGCCAAUGGUACCACGUUCGUAGCCGGUUCUUUCGCGAACCAAGCUUACGCUGAUUUCCAGAUCUCGGACGGUGUGGCUGGGAACGCGCAGGCUGAGGCCAACGCUGUCUUCGUCGAUCCCUUCAACGGCGUGGACCUGUCUACCGUUGACAGUGACACUGUUGAGACGAUCAACACGAUGCGUGAGGCCGCUGAGUCCGCCGAAACGGACGACUUCGACCCUCAGAUUGACGCUGCAUCUGGCGACGCGGCGACUGCGCUUCAGAAUGGCAAGAUCAAGAACAAGGUGCUCAAGCUGACCGGUGAGGUCCAGGCUCUGAACAUCAAGAUUGCUGUCGCGCAAGCCUCUGGCUCCGACACCUCAGACCUGGAGAGCCAGCUCGCUACUGAGCAGGGGAAGCUGACAACCAACAUCGCUACUGACACUAAGAAUGCCGGUCAGACGUCACAGGGCGUCACUGGCGGCUCGUCCUCGUCGUCCUCAGCCGCUACCUCGUCCGCAGCAUCGGCCACGGCUUCUAGCUCGUCCACAGCAUCAGCUAAGAAGGCCAAAGCGUCCAAGACGGCUAAGAAGGCCAAGGAGUCUGCAAAUUGAGGGUAGCGCUGCUGUUUCUUACUUUUGUGUGUUCGACACUGAGGCUGGGAAUAUAUUGCGAUUGGAAUGUU